AUGCAUCUAGCGAUCAGACCAGCGGGGAAGACGGCGGUGCACGGCCGGUCAGCCAGCCUGCCGCGUGAGCAUUCUCAUCCCAUCCUGACACACCUCGACGACUGCGUCCGGGCUCUCAGGUCAUGGUCAGCCGGAGCCGCUGGUCAGGCCUCCGGCAUCACCAUCAUCGACGCUGUCCUGGAAGCACUCGGUGACCUCCUGGUACUGCCGCAAGCUGUGGCGGCCCUCCAGGAGGCAGCUUUCUUUGACGAAAUCCUCGACAGGUUCCUGGUGCUCGCUGACGCCUACGGCACAUUCCAGUCGGCGCUAAUCACGCUCAAGCAGAGCGUGGCGGAGCUGCAGAUCGGUACUAGGCGUGGUGACAGCAUGAUGGUCGCUACGUUGUUCCAUGCACACAGGCGGGCAGAGAAGGAGCUGUGUCGUCUUGCCGCCGCAACGCGACACGCCACCAGAUGCACUCUUGCGGUGUCGAGGACUCUGGAUGCAACGGAUAAUGAGGUGAUUGGCAUUCUAGCAGAGGUGGCUGCGGUCACUACUGAAGCGUCGGAGGCUAUCUUCUUGGAGUCUGCAGCAAUGUCACCGGAACUCGUCCCUGCAAUUGUCCAGACUUCAAACAAGUGGCUGGCCAGCCUGAGCGUCAGACCAGCCGCAAAUAAGGCAGCGCCAGAGAAAGCGAUGGUGACAUUGGAGCGGUUGCAGAAGUUAGAGGAAUGCAUCAAUGGGCUGGAGAUCAGAAGCGAGAAGGUUUUCAGGAGACUGCUGCAGUCUAGAGUUUCACUUCUAAACAUCCACACUCCCUUCUAA